AUGCCGUCUUUUUUCACAGUACCGGGUGCUCAGAAGAAGCGCAAGCGCCCAGAGGCUUCAGAGCAACCAAAAAAGAGAGUUGCUGCUUCAAAAUCUGCUGCAAAGGCACCAUCGAAGAAUGCCGGCCCCACCAAAAAGCGAGUCGAGCGAGACGACGAGUCGAUCUCUGGUAGCGAUUCUGACGAUGACGGGAGCCUCGACAGCGCAUCAGUCGCAAGUGAUGUUGAAAUGGAGGACAACGAGUCGGAUGAGGAGGAGGGUGAGACAGCCGCCGACAGGAGAAGGACUCUGGCGGAGCGAUAUCUCGAGAACAUCAAGGAGACUGUGGACCCAAUUGGUUUCGACGCCGCCGACAUUGACCGCGAUAUGAUCGCUGAGCGACUUCAGGAGGAUGUCGCAGAGGGAAAGGGCAGAGUUUACCGCCAAUUAGCCUCAGAACUGGCCUUUGACAACGCCUCGCGCACAUUCUUCCGAAGCAACACCAACGCCGUAACCGCCAUCGCAGUAUGCGACCCAUACAUCUACACCACGACAAAAGACCUAUACCUACACAAAUGGAAGGCGCAAGAUCUUCCUCAACACCAAUACCCACAGACAACACGACGAAAGCCCAAGAAGCCCCCAGCGCCUCCGAAGAAGCAGCCGUCCCUUGAAGCUUGGCUGAAGGGUGAUACGAGAAAGUCAAAGGACAAGAAUUACCAGCGUCACACUGAUCGCAUCCUGGCCGUCGCAGCCUCUCCUGACGGCAAAUAUGUAGCUACCGGCGGUGCAGACCAUAGGCUCAUCAUCUACAGCGCCCAUGACCUCAAGCCAAUCAAGGUCUGGACACAUCAUCGAGACGCUGUCACUGGACUAGUCUUCCGCCGAGGAACAAAUCAGCUGUAUUCUUGUUCCAAAGAUCGAACGGUUAAGGUCUGGAGUCUGGAUGAGAUGGCCUACGUUGAGUCAUUGUUUGGUCACCAAGAUGAAAUCCUCGAUGUCGAUGCCCUUGCGCAAGAGCGUUGCGUUAGUGUUGGCGCUCGAGACCGCACUGCGCGUUUGUGGAAAGUCGCUGAAGAGACACAACUUGUAUUCCGCGGUGGUGCUGUAGACAAGAAGUCUCGUCCAAGUGGUGUCAACCCGCGAUCCCUACUCCAUGAAGGUAGCAUGGACUGCGUCGCCAUGAUAGAUGAUGACCUGUUUGUCACGGGCAGUGACAAUGGUGCACUCGCUUUGUGGAGUGUCCAAAAGAAGAAGCCUGUGUAUAUCGAACCCAUUGCGCAUGGUAUUGACCCGGCCCUCGAUCCAGAGCAGGCAUCAGCCGAGCAAAACCCCGACCCUCAAAUUGUACCCCCUCCCACCCCCCGUUGGAUCACCGCUAUUCGAACCAUCCCUUACUCCGAUGUUAUCCUUACUGGCAGCUGGGACGGCCACAUCCGAGUCUGGCAACUCAGUGAGGAUAAGCGCAAGAUUGAGUUCCGUGGAGUUCUCUCCAAGCCUGAAGAUCAGGGAAACGAGUCGCCUGAGGAGAAUACUCAGGGCCCCAUCAACGGCAUUGUCAACGAUAUUGAUAUCUUCGAGCGUGGAGACAGAGGCAAAGAUGGUCUUUGCGUCGUCGUGGCUGUAGGAAAAGAACACCGGCUAGGCAGGUGGAAUCCACCAGCAAAGGUCGGACGCAAUGGAGGCUUCGUCUUUGAGAUUCCGCGGAUACAACGGCAAAUGGUGAAUGGCGCGGACGAGAGCUCAGACGCCGAGCAAGAUGAGUGA